CGAAUUAUUUUGUUGCACACUGCUCAUCAGCUGUAUUUAUUUACAUUUAGGAAAUGGGAUUCGUUUGAGCUGUUGGACUGGUUAACUCGUUGCUGCAAAUUCAUUGUUUAAUAUUAUCAACUUUAAUAAAACAUGUAAAUACGAAUUGUUUUUAUAUGGUUCUACAAUAACAACAAAAUUGUUCGUGUGAAAAGCUAUCGAAGUAAACUAACAGUUUAUUAUCACUAAACAAAAUGGCACGAAUUGAAAGAGCAGGCAGUGAGUUCUGCGCUAUUGGCGCACCAGAACCACAGUGCCUUUGUUCGAAGAAACAACAAUUUUUAAAUAUGAUACAAAACGCCGUGAAUAUGGAUUCAAUAUUAAUUAAACAACUCACUGGAAAAUAUGAAAUACCAUAUUGGGAAACAGUUUACCAUGUAUUGUUCAUUCUAUGUACGAUUAUUCCGGUUGUAUUUUUCUUUGCGAUUGCGCGCAUUGCCUGCCAAMAGUUGGAAAAGAAAACGUCUGUCGGUUUUUUCGGGAAGUUUAUUAUCGAAUUCGUAAUAAUUGUUAUACCCACAGUGUUAUUUGUAAAUGUGCUAAAUAGUUAUGUUGGUUAUGUGCUCAUAGUUUUCGGUCUUUAUGUUUUGGUGACAUUAUAUUGCAAUUAUAAAACAAAAACACUUAAAAAUCAGUGUUACAAUUUGGGCGGUAGCCGAUCAUACAUUUUGACUUUAGUUCGUGCAAUUAUAAAUUUGCUUACAGCGCUUUGUAUACUGGCAGUUGAUUUUACUUGCUUUCCGAAAGAUUUUCGAAAAACACGACGUUAUGGUGCUGGACUUAUGGACGUUGGCAUUGGAUUAUUUGUUUUCGCUAUGGGUGCCGUAUCGCGACCACCAAAGAAACCUGCAGACUUUAAACGUGUUAUGUACAUUGUGUUGCCGUUACUCUUYUUAGGUCUAUCGCGUACUCUCAUUAUAUUACAUAUAAAUUAUAAUCAAGAUGUACAUGAAUAUGGACAACACUUGAACGCUUUCUUUACAUUGGGGCUCACUAAGUUGUUGGGUUCCUCACUUAGUGGUCUUGUAAAGAGCGGUUCGGCACAUGUCGCCACCGGUGCGGCAAUCGCAGUCAUACACGAAUUUAGUCUGCAGUUUUUCAUAUCACAAUUUGUUAUGGACGCUCAUAUCCCACGAGAUGCCUUUGUACCAGCGAAUCGCGAGGGAAUUUUCUCACUGCCCGGUUUCGUUGUUAUAUAUUUGAUAUCAAUUGUGAUUGGCMAAGCACUACGUGUUAGCGACGGUCUUGUGAGCUAUAAAGUACUGCUAAAUAAAUUACUAGCGUUUGGCUUAGCGAGCAUUGGACUUUGGCUGUGUGUAAUUAGCUGUAUAUUUACAAUUUCAAUUGCGCGUGUCACCUGCAAUUUGGGCUAUAUACUGUGGAUUUUAGCCAUAGCGCUAACUAUGAUUUUUAUUUCCAUGUUAGUAUUUCAUUUGGUUUUAAAUAUCAGUUGGUCAACUAGGGACAGUAAGACAACAGACGAGACUUAUACAAAAACCGCGCCAUUACUAGGAUCUGCAUCAACUUCGGAUGCAAAUGUACUACCCACGCUAGUGGAAGCAGUAAAUAAAAACGGUCUAACAUUUUUCCUAUUAGCUAAUGUGCUUACGGGUUUUGUAAAUAUGUUUUUAGAGCCAAGUGAACGAUAUGAUAACGAGAGUAUUUUUAUAUUAACCAUUUAUUUGCUGAUAUCGAUCGGAUUCGUUCAAAUACUAUAUCGUUGGAAUAUUCGAUUAGCCUAACAAUUAACAUAUCGUGCACAAACAAGAAGCACUCUUUAAGUAUAUAAAAUAAAAUUGUGUUAUAUUAACAUGUAAAUAAAUAUGUGUGUGGAUUUUAUCAACGUUAUACCUGUGAACAAAAAAUUUGACUGUAUUUAUAUAUAUGUAUG